GUUGCCGUGGAAACGGAGCAGCGGCCGGGCGCGAUGGCGGCGGGGAAUUGGCUCGGCUGUCUGAGGGCGGCGGAGAAAACAGCGAUGGUUCGGGAAGGUCGGAGGAAAGUACAUUACAUAUUUCCUGAUGGUGCCGAAAUGGUGGAAGAGUAUGAAGUUUGCAGUGACGAGCUCAAAGUUAGAAAGUGGAAGCAGAAGACCACGCUGAGAUCCCCUGGACAGUGGCAGUUCGAGGUGGGGGAAGCAUACUCUCGAGCUGUCGGGAGCGUCGAGCAGCCCCUGAUACAGGAGAGCAGCAGCAAUCCAAUAUUCACAAGAAAGGACACAAAGACCUGCUUCCAGUGGAGGAUUCGAAAUCUACCGUACCCCAAAAAUGUGUACAGCGUUACCGUUGACCCAGAUGAGCGACAUUGUAUUGUGAGGACAUCUAACAAAAAGUAUUUCAAGAAGUUCAACAUUCCUGAUAUGGACCGCUGCUGCCUCCCUCUGGACAGUUCUGCACUCAGCUUCACACAUGCCAACAACACCCUCAUCAUCACAUAUCAGAAGCCGACUGCAAUCCUGAAGCUGGAGCAGGAGGUGGUGCAAGAACUGAAGAAGAUGAAAGUGGCUGAGGAUGGAGAUGUGGAGUGUAAAACACAAUGACCACAGCACCCACUGGCAUUCUACCUCUUGUAG